AUGGGACGAUAUUUCGGCUUCCGGGGCUCACGUCUCCAAAUCGCGACUGUAUUCUUGGUCGUCUGUCCUGCAUACAUCUGCUUUGGCUAUAAUCUAGCAGUCGCCGGUGGUUUGCUUACUCUCCCAUCCUUUAUGGAGCAGUUCCCUCAGCUGAAUACCAUCAACAUCACUGGCGCCCAGAAUCAGUUGAACUCGAACAUCCAAGGUGCUGUUAAUUCCAUGUUCACAGUUGGCGGUUUUUUGGGAGCUCUGAGCACUAUCCCCAUUGGGGACAUCCUUGGCCGUCGAAGGAUUAUUUUUAUCGGUUCAAUGCUGGUUAUUGUGGUGCCGGUUUGGCAGUCUGAGCUUGCAGGAUCCGCCCACAGAGGAGCACAUGUCGUUGCAGAAGGUCUCUUCGUUGCGUUUGGUAUCACUGCAUCCCAGUGGGUUGGUUUUGCCUUCUCCCAUCUCGGUGCCAGUUCUAUAUCCUGGCGAGUACCUCUCGUUAUUCAGACGCCCCUUUCAAUGAUGGUGAUGAGCACUAUAUUUUUCAUGCCAGAGUCCCCUCGUUGGCUGUUGAGGAGGAACAAUGUGACGGAAGCAGAGGAAAUUAUCUCUCUUCUCCGAAAUGCCGAUCCCCGCUCAGAAAUUGUCCAGAGAGAAAUUGUCACUAUUGAAGCAUCCCUGGAAAUUCUGGGUGCAAUGACUAAGUGGGACUUGGUCAAGAUGGGUGAGAAACGUAAUGUUCAUCGCCUUCUUCUCGGAAUCUGUGGACAAUCAUUUGGGCAAUUGUGUGGUAUCAACUCUCUGACCUUCUACGCUACCAUUAUCUUCCAACAGCGUUUACACCUGGAUGCUACGCAGUCCAGGUUGCUGGGAAGUUGCAUGACCUUUGUUCAGAUAAUUGGCGCACUCCUGGCCGUCAUGACGAUUGACCGCUUGGGCCGCCGCAAAUUGAUGAUGAUAAGCGCAACUGGCAUGUGCUUGUCCAUGUCUAUUCUUGCAAUCACUGCGUCACUUGUGGGAAACCAUGCCGCUAUGAUUGUGGCGGUGAUAUUUUUCUAUAUGUACAACAUCUUUUACCCCUUCGGAUUCCUUGGUCUUCCGUUCCUUUACUCCACCGAAGUUGCACCUCCUCAUCUUCGAGCCAAGAUGAGCGGUGUCUCUAAUGCCAUGACAUGGCUGUUUAAUUUCGUCGUUGUUGAGAUUACCCCGAGCGGAUUUGACAGCAUUGCAUAUCGCUACUACAUCGUCUGGGCUGUGAUGAACUUCGGGAUCGUCGUGACUGUGUAUUUUCUUUUUCCCGAAACGAACAACCGAACGCUUGAGGAAAUGGAUGAGAUCUUUAUGCAGUCGCACACGAUUUUUGAUCCCCCUCGCUUGGCUAAGACUUUGCCGAGGCACACUUGUCAAGAAGAGGAAGCGGAAACGAUGAAGGGGAAUAUCGCUACGGUAGAGCAUACGGAUAUGCCUGUUCUCCAUAGAUCUACCCGGUGA